AUGGUUUGACACCUGAGGCAAUACACGAUAUAAUACUGCAAUUACAUAGAGGUCCACUUGAGCGUAUUCAUGAAGGGCAUCCAGCAACAACAGAACAAAUCAGAUUAAGAUACUUGUAUAUACAUCAGGGUAUAUUGAGAGCUGAUGUUUAUCAAGGACUUUCUGACACGGUUAGACAUAUUGCAAGUAAAAAAGUUAAUUUGAAUAAUCUUGAACAAUGCAUAAUUCUAUCAUCUACAUAUACUGAAACAAACCCGAAUUGGCCUAAAAUCGUUAAUGAAUUAUUUCCAGGUUAA